AUGCCUAUAGGCGCUUCUCUCCUCCGGCACGCCCUGAUGCUUCAUCAUGAUGCAGUACGAACGGCCUCCAAGCUCGAAGCCAGAGGGGGUGCCACCCUAGACGUAUCCCCAUUGCCAGACGGCUACCGGGAUGGAACUAUCAUGGUGGUGACGGCAUCCUUGGUCUCUGCCGUUGCAGUUCUAGGGCUACUAGGCUUUCUUACAUACAGGCUCAUGUUCUCGCAUAAACGUGAUGGUACUUAUCUCGGGCACAACCAGUUUGUUGUUCUCAUCUACAACCUCCUGCUGGCGGAUCUCCAUGUUGCCCUUGGGUUUAUCAUGUCAGCCCAUUGGAUACAGAAUGACGGCAUAUUUGCUAGCUCCCCUAUCUGUUUUGCUCAAGGAUGGCUGCUGCAGUUAGGCGACCCGUCAAGUGGCUUAUUUGUUGUCGCAAUUGCUGUCCAUACCUUUGCAACGGUCUUCGCUGGGAGAAAACUAUCAUACAGGCUGACCGUAAGCUGUAUCAUUGGACUUUGGUGCUUCUGUCUACUCCUAGUCAUAGUCCCAACCGCUAGGCAUGGAAGACACACAUACGUUCCAUCUGGAGCUUGGUGUUGGAUUAAUCAGGAGUUCGAAGCAGAAAGAUUCUGGCUUCAUUACCUUUGGAUCUUCUUCUCAGAAUUCGGCUCCCUCUUGCUCUACACUAUCCUAUUCUUCUACCUUCGACGAAAAAUGAAAGCGUCGGCCGAUCUCGCCCGUGGCCAGAAGGAAAAAUUUGGCAGGCUCAGUCGAGUUACAAGCUACAUGGUUCUCUACCCCCUGGCAUACCUUGUCCUUUCUCUCCCAAUCGCUGCAGCCCGAAUGGCGAGCGUUCAAGGCAACCCCCCCUCGCUCACCUACCUAUGCGUUGCCGCCGCCAUCAUUGCCAGCUCCGGCACCGUCGACGUCAUCGUGUAUGCAUUGACUCGCAAAGCACUUCUUCUCGACUCUGAGCUUUCUCGGACGUCUGAAAAGGGAGGCUCUGGUUCAAAUGGCCGUCGUAGCCAGUUGGCCUCCACCACGGAUCAUCGUCAAAGCCAGGGCUACGAGCUCAACAAGCUGAACAAACACAAUGCAAAGAAUCCAGCCUCUUUUGGAGAUCAUUCGACAGACGACAUUAUUGAUCAGCUUGAGAAAGGCGGCUUUGGAAAAGUGUACCAACAAACUACCAUUGAAAUCACUCAUGAGCCCGCUGAAUACGACAACGGACCUCCUUCUUCGUCGACCUCGAUUGAUCAGUCAAUGGUUGCCAGAGGCCCUUCUCCCCAGCCGGGUCAACCAUGGGGAGGCGAGUGGAAAUGA